AUGGCCUUGUCCAAGAUGAAAGGAUUUGCGGAUAGAUUGUUUACAGGGGCUACCAGGCUACUCAACAUGGAGAUCGAUAGUCCCAAGCUCCCAAUUCCGCUAGAGCAGAGGCUUCUAAACACAGGUUUAUGUGUUUCUCUCCUCAUCGUCAGCAGUAGACUACCAGUGUUUGGCAUCACCAAAUCUCUCAGCGAGAAUCCUUAUCAGUUACUCACAAAUUCAAGCCACGGGACGCUCAUGGAUUUGGGAAUCGCACCGCUCAUCACCACAAACAUGGCAGUGCAAGUGAUGGCCAGUGGCAAGAUUCUAAGCUUCAAGGACACGAAAUCCAUGAAAAUGGUACAAAAGGUUGGGGGGCUGUUCUUGACGCUGGUUUUGGCAAUCAUGAACGUUGCUGGUGGGAUGUAUGGAUCGAUCGGAGUGAUAAGCUCAAUCAUGGUGGUGCUGCAACUUGUUUCCACAGUUUUGAUGAUCAUGUUUCUCGACGAGGUUUUGGAGAAAGGAUAUGGAGUCGGGACCUCAGCGAGUUCUUUGUUUGCGGCAUGCAAUGUUGCAGAGAGCUUGAUAUGGCAUUCGUUCAGUCCCGUCACCGCCAACUUUCGAGGACGAGUUGAAUUCGAAGGCGCCAUAGUGGAAGCUUUUCGAGGAUUGUUCCAUGGCGGUUUCAACAUGAGAACCAUCCGGAGUAUCUUCUUUCGAAGGCACCUCCCAAAUCUUUGGACGCUGCUGCUGACUAUCGCAGCGAUCGGCGUGAUUUUAUUUCUUCAGUCUCUCAGCGUGGUGAUCAAAGUGAUCAAUCCGAAAGGGCGGCGAAUGGAGUAUCCGAUCGAGCUUUUUUACACUGCAACAACGCCAGUGAUGCUUCUAUCCCAGUUCGCGAGUAGUCUGGGAAAGACCUACGAAUGCAUGGGUCAGAUCUUGGGCUACAACAAUUUCGUGAUGGGAGUUCUCGGUGGGAUGAUUUACAACUUUUUUCAUCCUCCAGCGAGCGUGAUCCAAGAGCCACUCCAUUUUCUCGUCUACUCCGUGUUCACGGUGGUGUCUUGCACUUUACUUUCCAAAGCGUGGAUUGAGUUGUCUGGAUCGUCUUCCAAGGAUGUAGCGAAGAGGUGGAGAGAGGAAGGGUUGACGAUCGUGGGACACAGGAGCUCCCACCUCCAAAAAGAGCUUGAUCGAUACAUUCCAGCGGCGGCAGCGCUUGGAGGAUUUGGCAUUGGUGUUGUUUCCGUGGUGGCGAGUAUGAUGGGAGUGAUUGGAUCUGGAACUGGGCUCUUUAUAGCAGCUGGCACCAUUUCUCACAUUCUAAGGACGAUUCAGAAGGAGAAGCAGAUUUAA